UGUUUUGGCUGUAUAAAUACUUCAGCGUCACACUAUUUACUCUGCGUCGUCUUCGUCGCUCAAUUCAGAAAUGAGACCUCGCGGGUAUCAACGAGCUCCGUCAAUGGAGGAACCGUCGAUGAUUCCAGCAGAUAAGACGCUUCAUCCAAAUUACCCAUUUCUGAUCUCGUCGCAUGGUCUCAAGUCGUUUGAAUCGGAGGACGACGGCGACGACUCAAACCUCGAGCCCAAAGAUCAAUUCGCUUUCAGUAUCGGCACAGACUUACUUGUCGAUUUCAAAGACGUAUCUAUAGGAGAAGUAAUCGGCGAAGGUUCAUCUUCAAUAGUCUACAAAGGAUUGUUUAGCAGUCUUAUCCCUGUCUCAGUGAAGAUAUUCCAGCCUAAGAGAACAUCUUCUGUAAGCUUUGAGUUGAAGAAGAAGUUUCAAAGAGAGGUUUUGCUGCUCUCCAGAAUUAAACAUGAAAACAUUGUGCAGUUUAUUGGGGCCUGCAUAGAGCCAAAGUUGAUGAUAAUUACUGAACUCAUGGAAGGCAAUACUCUUCAGAAGUUUAUGUUGACUAUUCGUCCAAAGCCACUUGAUCUGAAGCUGUCGAUUAGCUUUGCCUUGGAUAUUGCUCGGGGAAUGGAGUUCUUGAAUGAAAAUGGCAUCAUUCACCGUGAUUUGAAGCCAAGUAAUAUGCUCUUAACAGGUGAUCAGAAACAUGUAAAGUUGGCUGAUUUUGGACUUGCGAGAGAAGAGACCAAAGGUUUUAUGACCUGUGAGGCUGGUACCUACAGAUGGAUGGCUCCGGAGUUAUUCAGCUAUGAGCCGCUUCAAAAUGGCCAAAAAAAACACUACGAUCAUAAGGUGGAUGUAUACAGUUUCGCCAUUGUUUUCUGGGAGCUGCUUACCAACAAAACCCCAUUCAAAGGAAAAAACAACAUAUUUGUUGCUUAUGCUGCUAGCAAAAACCAAAGACCAAGUUUGGAGAAUCUUCCAGAAGGAGUUGUUCCCAUCCUGCAAUCAUGCUGGGCAGAGGAUCCUGACGCUCGUCCUGAAUUUAAGGAGAUUACAGUUUCACUAACAAAUUUGCUCAGAAGCUUAAGCUCAGACACUAAUGCAACUUCAUCUUAUAGCAAAGCCAAUAUAGCAACCGAAGAUUCAACAACAAGCAGUCUGGUUCAAGAACGUGUUGUCUGUCAGUGUCCAGGACUAAAGAUGACCAAGACGAAGAAACUGAAGAAGAAGACGCAUGAAGUGAUGAAUAUGAUCGUUCCUUUUCUCAAGAUGUUCAAAAACUGUAUGUCUAAGAGUAAGUGAUGAUAGUAGAAACUACUGGUAAAAAGAGAAAAAAAGGUAUAUCAAUACGAACAUGAUAAGAGUAAUAGGAAAGACACUUUCGUUAAA